GGGGAUCUGAUAAGGUAGUUGAAGGGUGAUAUUACCUUUGCUCCCUCACUGCAAUCAGAAGCAUUCUUAGCUUGUCGCUGGCCUCCACUGGCUAACUUGCUGUGGAGUUUUCAAGACAUAGAAUCUUCCUUUUCACAAUCCAAAGAAGAUGCUGUUGAAUUUGAGGAUCCUGUUGAACAACACAGCUCUUAGAAAUGCUCACAAUUUCAUGGUGCGAAGUUUUGGGUGUGGGCAACCAGUACAAAAUAAAGUACAGCUGAAAGGGCGUGACCUCCUUACUCUAAAGGACUUCACAGGAGAAGAAAUUAAAUAUAUGCUCUGGCUAUCAGCAGAUCUGAAAUUUAGGAUAAAACAGAAAGGCGAGUAUUUACCUUUAUUGCAAGGGAAGUCGUUAGGCAUGAUUUUUGAGAAACGAAGUACUCGAACAAGAUUAUCCACAGAAACAGGCUUUGCACUUCUGGGAGGACAUCCUUGUUUUCUUACUACACAAGAUAUUCAUUUGGGUGUGAAUGAAAGUCUCACAGACACCGCCCGAGUGUUGUCUAGCAUGACAGAUGCAGUGUUGGCUCGAGUGUAUAAACAAUCAGAUCUGGACAUCUUGGCUAAAGAAGCAUCCAUUCCUAUCAUCAAUGGGCUAUCAGAUUUGUACCAUCCUAUCCAGAUCCUGGCUGAUUACCUUACACUCCAGGAACACUAUGGCUCUCUGAAAGGUCUUACUCUCAGCUGGAUCGGGGAUGGGAACAACAUCCUGCACUCCAUCAUGAUGAGUGCAGCGAAAUUCGGAAUGCACCUUCAGGCAGCUACUCCAAAGGGUUAUGAGCCGGAUCCUAGUGUAACCAAAUUGGCAGAGCAAUAUGCCAAGGAGAAUGGUACCAAGCUGUCGCUGACGAAUGAACCAUUGGAAGCAGCGCGUGGAGGCAAUGUAUUAAUUACAGACACUUGGAUAAGCAUGGGACAAGAAGAAGAGAAAAAAAAGCGACUCCAGGCUUUCCAAGGUUACCAGGUUACAAUGAAGACUGCUGAAGUUGCUGCCUCUGACUGGACAUUUCUACACUGCUUGCCCAGAAAGCCAGAAGAAGUGGACGAUGAAGUGUUUUAUUCUCCACGAUCACUAGUAUUCCCAGAGGCAGAAAACAGAAAGUGGACAAUCAUGGCUGUCAUGGUGUCGCUGCUAACAAAUUACUCACCUAAGCUCCAGAAGCCAAAGUUUUGAUGCUGUGAUGCUUAUCAAGAGAAAGACAAUGUUCUUCAGUUACGGAAUGGACCAGUUUAUGGGGAAAGGAGAAAAAAAUCUAAGAUGUAAACAAAUCCCUGACACAUGGUGUGGAUGAACUGUAUGAUAGUGCUUUGCCAUUGUGAAACAUUCCUGGAAUUUAAGUGCUGAGGUGCUGUUAUACAUGACUUGAUUUAAACUCUCUAAUUUACAAUUUCUGAGUUACAUUUGGGUAUCAUAUUAAUUACCAUAUACAUUUGCCUCAAUUAAACAUAAAGUACUAUGUUCAUAAUGCAUAACAUCUAAGCUAUUAAAUGUAAUCUUUGCUUAUUACCUUAAUAAAUGAUCACCCAUGCUAAUUUAUAAGUAAACACUUAGCAGGAAGUCA